CUGCUCAGAGGAGCGGCACGUUCUGCCUGCAUGAUGCAAAAUGAGAGUCACAGGCUGCUGUCCAUAGUGCUGAAGGUUUCCAACUGCUUGAUGGAAUGCCCUCCGGAGGAAUAGCUGCUGGGCUGCUGCUAUCCAGGAUACUGAAUCUUGCUGAAAGUUGUUAUUGUAAUUAAGAGCCACAAGAACCCCAUUGCUUAUUUGGGGAAGAGCCUCUAGAAAGCAGCAUAGCAUGAUGGUGCUGCUGACUGCAUUUCAGUCUGGAUUGGCUCUGAGCUCUAGCAUGCUGGUGCUGUUUCUGGAACUGGAAGCAUAGCAUAUUCUCCACCCUUGUGUGCCUUUUUGCUGAUAUACAGAAAACAGUGAUUUGGUGGGAUUUUUUUUUUAAAAAAAAAAAUAUUUUCGAUGGACCUGAAGACUGCAACCAAGGAAAUAGAUUUUUUAAAAACCUGGAACAAUGAUACUUUUAUUUUUUGUUUUUAUUGUUUUGUUUUGGACUCUUAUUUUGUAUAAAGCAGUCUCAUCUUUAGACCCUUUUAUGACUGAUUGCUUUGAAUUUUGAACAGUUGGUUACAUCUCUUGAGUAGCUGCUGGAAUUCUUCUAUGACAUGGGAGGCUUUAGAACAAAAGAUCUUUUUCAUAAUUCUCCCUUACCAAUAUAAUUAAGAAGAGUUUUUUUCUACUACAUUCCUGAAGUACGAAUCCAUUGUGGUUUAUUAUUCUUCCUACCAUUCACUCUGAGUAGUGCAUCACAUUGGCCUCUCCAUGGAAGCAUCCAUACAUAUCUGAUAUAAGCACCAUAUUCAGAAGCUCAGGAGGGGGAAUGGCUCUUCAUAUUCAUGAAGCCUACAUAUUUCUGUUGCUAAUUCCUUCUUUGGUCACUCCAGCUGCUUUCAAUCAUGAAGACUACCCUGCUGAUGAAGGUGAUCAGAUUUCAAAUAAUGAUAAUAAUCUGAUUUUUGAUGACUAUCGAGGGAAAGGAUGUGUAGAUGACAGUGGUUUUGUAUACAAACUUGGGGAGCGUUUUUUCCCUGGUCAUUCCAACUGUCCAUGUGUUUGUACCGAGGAUGGGCCUGUUUGUGACCAACCAGAAUGCCCCAAAAUCCACCCAAAGUGUACUAAAGUAGAACACAAUGGAUGCUGUCCAGAAUGCAAAGAAGUGAAGAACUUUUGUGAAUACCAUGGGAAAAGUUACAAAAUCCUAGAGGAGUUUAAGCCCUCGCCAUGUGAAUGGUGCCGUUGUGAGCCCAGCAAUGAAGUUCACUGUGUUGUAGCAGAUUGUGCCGUCCCUGAAUGUGUCAACCCAGUCUAUGAGCCAGAACAGUGUUGUCCAGUCUGCAAAAAUGGUCCAAACUGCUUUGCAGGAACCACCAUCAUUCCAGCUGGCAUCGAAGUCAAAGUGGAUGAGUGUAACAUCUGUCACUGCCAUCACGGGGACUGGUGGAAGCCUGCCCAGUGCUCCAAACGUGAAUGCCAAGGAAAGCUGACUGCAUAGGGCAAAGCUCCCAGCAAUGAUGUUUGCACACCCAUUGUGAUAGCUUCCCAAGCUGAAUCUGCCAGCUGCAGUUGGGUCACCAGCAAAAUCGUUUAGGGUUAAAUAAGACAAUUUUACCUGUGAGCUUGUUCUCUUCCUCUCUUUUCCUCUCUGAACAAAAUCUAUGUAGGUGUUUGACAUUAUAGCAAACAACACAGGUUGGUAAACUAGUUUAGGAGAGGAAUGUUCUACAGAGCUUCUUCUGAUGAUGGUUUAUGUUUUCUCCACCACGUGGGGAUAAUUGAAAAGAAAAAUGUAUGUUAUAAUUUUGAUAGAAAACAAGCUAAAGCCAACCAGUGUAAGCAGUCAAUAUUCACAAAAGAGAUUAUACAACCUAAGAAAAUCAACUCUCAAGGUCAUCACUCAGCAACAUAUACCAGUGUCACUCUAUUGCAUUAUCAUUUUUCCCACCUCUUCAGUUCUAGGCAAGGAAGAAAGAAACUGCAGUUUCCUAGAGAUUCGCCUUUCACUAAUCCAUCAGGCUAACAUGGUUAUUCAGGUUAAUUUUAGUGAAAAUUACUGCCCCCUUUGCUCUCUCUCCAUCUUGAAAUAAUCUCAGCAUGAAUGUAGAAAUCAACUGGUUUUAAGGGAUAAUAUGUACAUCUCGACUGGAAGAAAUUAUCUGACAUGGAGUUGCAAUUCACGACUAUCCAAAUGUUAAUUAUCAGCACAAAUAUAUCUUAAAACAUUUAAUGCUGAAUAACAUUCCAAUAAAUUGGAUGGGGUGGAGGAAUCACACAACAGAUUUAUUUGACCAGGAUAUCUGGAAAUCAAGAUACACUGUAAUCCCCCCCCCUUUUUUUUUGGCUCAAGAGCCCAAAGAAAAUUAACUGUGCAAGUUUCCUGAAUUAAAUUUGUUUUUCAUUUUUCUUUUCAGUGUUCAUUUCGAACUCCGAAGAAGUCCUCCUUGCUUGAGUUUACAAGUGCAUAUAUUUGAGGCUAAAUUAACAGGGACAAGAGUUUGUCCGUUCCUCCAUUUCUUUUUAGGUAAAAUAUCUCAUGAAAGAAACAUCAUGUUCCAAAUCCAUUUUAAAUUUUGCAAUUUCUUGGAAGAGUUUGAGAUCAUUUCCUAUACAAUAGAAUCCUUUUAAACAUUAAUAUAGAUAACGAACUGUUCUAUGGAGAGAAAAUUGUGUUAACUGGAAAGCGACUGAAGCCCCAAAGUCCUAGAAAUAUGUAUUAUGUAUUAUGUAAUGAAAUUUUGCACCUACCAUCAACCAUUUUACUGGGUAGGCAAAAUGAGUCACACCCCUUGUUUCUGCAACCUAGAAAACUUGUUAGUAAGGAUGUUAACCAUGGAACAGCAAUAUGUUUUUGCAUAUUGUUUCACCAGAAAUUCAGACAUUUACUUACACCUAAGAUACCAAACACCUAACAUAACAUAAUACCCCAGUCUCUCUGCCCUUCUUUUAAAUCGAGGCUCCAUCCAUAUAUGACUUAAAAUAAGUGAAAUAUUGCUUAUUUUUGUAAAGUGCAGAUAAUCAUAUAUUAUUAGUUAGAAUUGGGCGAUAAAGCAAGAAAAUAUACCCUAUGAACAGAAGUAUAAAAUGUGAAAUUAGUAGCUACUUAAUUAUGGGAGCAAUAAUGGGUAAAAAUUAAGCUUGAACUUCCACAUUUUUAGCAAUUAAAAUAAAUUGUGGCAAUGACAAUUUUAAAUUGAGAUCUCCUUUGGUUUUGAUUUAUUCUCAUCCCCAUAGUUGCCAUUUGUUUUUAAUAAUGUGCCAAGUCCACUUGUGGCUCCCUCACCUUUUACAUAAUUUGACCAUAAGACUGUAAGAAAUAAAAGUAAACACCAAAUGCCAUGUAAGUUUUGGUAGCAUGUUACCUUAACAUUGUGGAUUCUCAUCCAUAAGCUUUUUUCUGUUUUAGUGCCCUUCAUAUAGAAGCACUGAGAUAGAGCAGUGUCCUAUGAUAUGAAUAAGCUGAUGUGGCUUCUUCUCAAACUAAUAGAAGGCCCCAAAGCAACAAUUCUCUGAUGCAAGAGGGAUCUGCACCUGCUCUGUUCAUCGAACAUCAUACCAGGCAACUCUUCUUUAAUAAACUAAUUUGAACAAUGGUUAGCAGUUGUGUUCAAGAAUUUAUGAAUGCAGAUUAAUAAAUUAUUCAGGUAUCAUUUUUCAGAGAUAUUCUCACUUUUCUGUUCCAUGAGAGAUUCAUUUUCUGUUUUUGCUUCCUCUUAAAUACAAAUAAUCUAAAGCAGAUCUUUCAAUAAGAAAUAAAUGACAUACCUGGGCUUUUGAAAACCAUGAAAAAGCUAAGUAGAGCUAGAAAGUAUCGCAGCCUAUCUUUUAUUGACAAACUCCAGAAUCUUUGGGAGAAAAGAGAAAAAAAUGGCUAAGAUCCAUCAAAAGACAAGCAUACUGGAAGUAGUUCAGAGAAUUUAUUGGGGCCGAGAAGUCUGAAUUCAUGCAAAGUAAACUUUAUACAGAAGGACAUGCUAGAAGCUAUCACCUGCAGAUAAGACCUUUGUUAACAAAAAGUCUUUGUCUAGGAUGUAAUUACCAUGAGCUGCUUUAUGGGGCACUUUAUAAAACCAUAAUUUCUUACAAAGAGAUUUAGAAUUGCAACCUUAUAAUUUGGAAACAAGCAUUUGUUUUUUAUUUAUUUGCCUUUCUGCAUGGGAAGAAUCAUGUCAAAAGCUUUUUGUAGAGCUUCAUGGAGGCUUCAGCCAGAAUUACAGUAUCUAUUUUGGAGCUUUGCUAGAACCCCAAUUUAAGAGACAUUAUACUCUUUUGCAAGGAGACAUUUAAAAAGUCCUCACUUAUGCAGGGGACACUAUUUUACAAUGAUGUAAAUGUAAAUGUAGUGAUUAAGGCAUCAGGUUAGAAAACAGGAGACUAUACAUUCUAGUCCCACCAUAGGCACAAAAUCAGCUGGGUGAUUUGGGCUAGUCACUUUCUUUCAGCCCUAAGAGGCAAUGGCAAAACACUUUUGAAAAAUCUUGUCCAGUCUCUGAGAAUUGGACACCAUUGAACAGAAGGAAAAAAUGCAAAUGAUUCUUGCUUCACAAGAUUUGGGAUCUAUCUAAUCAGAAAUUAUUAAGGAACUUAAAUUAAUUAGCACUGUCUUUGGCCUUUCUCUUCAGUCCAUUCUUUCCUGGACUUCAUUCAGUUUGGCCUUCCUAAUAUUGAUAAAUUAACUCUGUUUUUGCCCUCAGCUCUCUCUCUCUCUCUCUCUCUCUCUCUCUCUCUCUCUCUCUCUCUCUCUGAGGAAUGGAGGUCAUGCAGUUUUGACCUAUUUCUCCCAUUGGAGGAAAAAGCAGCUUUUGGCUUUGGAUGGCUUAUCAGCUGCAUCUCUUUCCCAAAUUCUUCUAUUCUCCUCCAAGAAGCAUAGAGACCUUUCUAUCUAUCAACUUCUGGGAUCUGCUGACCGUUUUCAGACUAAGGUGACUUGUGAAAUGAUGUAGCUGCUUGAAAGAGUUGUCAACAGGUUUUAUGAGACUGUCUUUGUGUGCACCAAAGCACUUUUCCCCCUUCAAAUCUGAAGCCCUGCACAGCCCUGGGUUGUUGUUUUUUUCCUGUUACUCUGCAAACUAAUCUGAACAAUUUAAAAAACUACCAGUCUUAUUUUUUUUAAAGUCCUGUGGUAAGUGCACCAGGUCUGUAUGCUAGUGUAAACAGCACUGAUUAAAUGCUUUAUGAAGUAAACAAAAAAUCCCAUGUCAAUAGCAUGUCAAUCAGAUUGACUUCUAUCCUUUUUAUUGUAUUUUUUAUAUUGCAAGUUUUGCUUAAUAUGGGGAAAGCCUUUUACCAUUCUAAUCCCAUAUGAAUGGAUUUCUCUAGUGAAGUUGUGCUGAUUUAUUAUUUAUUUAUUAUGUAUGUAUGUAUGUAUGUAUGUAUGUAUGUAUGUAUGUUCUGUGUGUGUGUGUGUGUGUGUGUGUGUGUAUUGAAUUUUAAGGGAUCAUUCAUUGCAUUUGGAAAACAUGGAUAAUCUCACUUGCUUUUAUGUCCUAUACCAUUUUUGUGGCACAUGAAAGCCAAAGAUACUAAGAUUUUCCCUACAUUUAAAGUUUAUUAAUUAAAAUAGUCUGAAAUGAUUUUAUUAAAAGUCUGGUGCUGUGCUCUUAAGGGUUAGGGUUAUUCUCUUUUUUCCAUAUUCCCUGGAACAGAUUGGCAGGUGUAGUAAGCUGGUAAGAAAGCUUUUUAUUACUUCUCAUUUCCAGUUCUUUUACACUACAAAUAAAGGCUAGACUGUGUUGUUCAAACUGCUAUGAAUAAUAGCUAUGUCAUAUGUCUGUACAUAAAUGUCUUGCUUGAUUGAAAAAUUUUGACUGACUCUCAAGCAUAGAGAGAAUAGUUUCAACUAAUCAAAAAAGUAUGUUGCAAAUUACAAAUGUUGGUUAAGUAUCAUUCUGACAUAAUUUAUGUUUUUGUUUCACAUUAUGCUUCCCUGGCAUGGAAAUUAAGGUGGCCUCAAGUGUUCUCCCAUUCAGUUACUGACCAGACACACUAUCCAUUUAGUCCCAGCACAGACACUCUAGCAUGUGCCUUCAGAUCAUACCCUGGAUGAGCAGGCAUGAGGAAAAUUCAACAAUUAUCCUAUUAGAAUGGAUGGAGAAGCUGAUUGUCAUUUUGCAUUGCUUCUUCUAACUACAGUCCUUUGGGUAUUCUGGACUACAAAUUCCUAUUCUCCUGAACCAUUGGUCACUGAUUGGAGCUUGCUAGAAUCCUAGAAGGAUUGAAUAAAUGUUGCUUACCGCAAACUCUAAAGCUCAAAAAGUUCCCCAAGCAUGUGCAUCUGAAAAAUUGUACUUACCAUUAUAUAGAGGUUGAUCUUGUGCAGAAUGAGGCUCCAGAAAUUUGUACAUACAUAUACAUGACAUAGCAUAGGGCCAGAUCAUUAUGUUGAUAUAAUUUGAUCUACCAGUUUUAAAUAAAGCUGUGGUGUAUCCUAUUUGCUUGGAGAUCAGAUUAAAUACUUCAACUGCUAAUGAAACAGAGGGAACUGUGUUCUUCAUAAAGAGAAUACCUGUCAGAUUUUUUACACUUUUAAACAAUAGUGUGCCUAAAAACUAGUGAAAACAAAACAUGCUACUGUAAAAAAAAGAUUCUAGAAAAUAAUAUUUGAAAAAAUAUAUUAUUAAAAAUAUUUUGUUAAAUAUAAAAUA